AGCAAUGCGCUACAUAUACCUUUCGAGCCGUUAAGCUUUGCUUCUCACACAUUUAGGGAAAUAUAGCUUAUUUCAAGGGCCAACAGGAAAUAAUCUCCUUAACUGCAGAUUCACCAUGCCUCGCUCAUUUCUGGUAAAGAGCAAAAGAUGUGCAUCGUACAACGUGCACCGUGUUUGUGAGGAUGUCCCGGCUGAACCAAGACACCCGUCAUACACGGUCCCGGUCUCAACACUUGAACCCCUGGAACUUUCCAGGACUUUGUCCCAGGAAGAAGAAUCACGGUCAGGUGGUAUCCCCUCACACUUGGACUCCUUCAACAACAUCAAGUUUGAGCAGGAGCCAGAGUGCCCAGUGCCAUCACUCCCAGAGCCCACCCUGCCCCCAGUGACCCCAGGGAGGCCAUUUUAUAUGUCAGAACCUCAGCUGGCUGAUUUCCCUCCAUACUACAAGCACUCCUAUGGCUGGGAGCCUCUGCCCACACCCUUUGACUUCCCCCCGAUGGGCUUUCCCUCCUCCCUGCUCCAGCACACUGCCAGCCUGUACGGGGCCCAUCUGAAGCAGAGUCCCCCAGACACACCACAGCCCCUGGACUGCAGCACCCACUAUUCACCUACCUCUGACACCUACCACUGCAUUACCUGUGAGAAGGUGUUCUCCACUCCUCACGGACUCGAGGUGCAUGUGCGACGCUCACACAGCGGCACCCGGCCAUUCGGCUGCAGCAUCUGCAGGAAGACCUUCGGCCACGCCGUCAGCCUGGAGCAACACAUGAAUGUCCACUCCCAGGAGAGGACGUUUGAGUGCAAGAUGUGCGGGAAGACGUUCAAGCGCUCCUCCACCCUCUCCACCCAUCUGCUCAUCCACUCAGACACGCGGCCCUAUCCCUGUCAGUACUGCGGCAAGCGCUUCCACCAGAAAUCUGACAUGAAGAAGCACACCUACAUCCACACAGGAGAAAAACCUCACAAGUGCCAGGUGUGCGGCAAAGCCUUCAGCCAGAGCUCCAACCUGAUCACACACAGCCGCAAACACACCGGCUUCAAACCGUUCGGCUGCGACAUCUGCGCCAAGGGCUUCCAAAGGAAGGUGGACCUUCGCAGGCACCAUGAGAGCCAGCAUAGCCUGAAGUAGGCUGCAGCCAAGUGGGAGGGACGCAGAACAGACAAACGAAGUCGGGGUGGGACAGCGGGACACACCUGAUCCUGGAUCAGCCAUCACCCUCUCUCCACUCAGGCCAGCGGGAGAGGCACUUUGACUCAGGGGUGGUGCAUACAGUGUGGGUGCAAUGUAAUGAUGCCAGUGGUUUACGCCUUCAAACUUUCAGGGACUGGAAUCUACUGGGCUGGGCCCAUGAGUCAAUUUGGAGAAAAAAAAUGGAGCUAAAUUUGUGAAUGUAAAUAUAUACACAAAUUACUACUUUGUAAUUGCUCCCUCCCUUCUUCCCACACAGAGAAGCCUAAAGUACAGAUAUUUAUACAUUCUUUGGUUUUGGAAACAUUUAUAGGGACAACAAAAGGAAGCAUGCAACAAUGACAUCAGCACCCUUUCAAAAUCAUUUAGGUAAUGAAAAUGUACAAUCAGUGCUCUAUUGUAAUGCAUAUGAGUUUCCAAUGAACUUCUGUAGUCUUCAGGAAAUUUAGGGAAGAUACAGAGAGGCUUCCGGCCACAUCCACCUAGUUUCCCAGACCUUAUCUUCACCUGAAUGGAAGGUCAUCACACUACAGCUUUCCAGGAAGAGGAUUCCUUUCAACUCAUCUAAAAUGUCAGCCUCAAUUUUAUCAAGCCAAGCCAAUUGUACAGAAAAAGCCUUGGCAUCUGAAAUAGAAAAGCUAAGCAUAUAGGUUACAGAGAAUAUCCUGGCAUGAACCAAUAUCUCAUUGUAGAGCUUUUAUAGAAUCUACCUGAAGCAAGCAUCACAAAGGGCCAAAAUCAUGGUGUUUUUUUUAUCAGUAAUUAUGGCUUCAAGUAAAAAUCUGAAGUGAGAAUGAUAUUUGUUUGAAGUUGUGGUGUUUGGGCUUAUGUUUGCUUUUUUGCCUUUGCUGAGGUGACUUCACAGAUGAUAUUUUUUUUUGUGUAUUUUGUAAAUUGUGCCACAUUACAGCAAAACUAUUUAAAGUAAGUAUUGUAUGAAUGGAUGUCCACCUGCCAGUGGUGUUUAUGUGACCACAUGAAGAGAUUAAGCAUUAUAUUGUUUGUGUGUACACUGAAUAAAUGUAAUUUUUCAAAGUAUUUUACUUUUA